UUUUUGUAUAAACUUAAAACUUGUAAACAUACUUCUUAAAUAUAAGUUCAUAUAGUGGAAAGUGUUCAUAUUUAUAGAUUGCAGAAUGAACUGCAAUCAUUUUAUAGAAGUUCCCCUGCGUUCUAGCGGAGGAAAGAAAAUGAAGAAACGGAAAGAACUCGAUGCUCUAAUAGCACAUUCCCUCACAAAGAGGGGCUACCACCGCACCAUAAACUCACAGGAUAAGUUACUGUCAGUAUCCACCGAUGACCCUGAUGAUUUAGCAUGGAUGAGCGUUCCUAAUAUCCGUCGAAAUCAUAAGAAGCAAAUAUAUAUCCGUAAGUGCGGGCCAGUUCUUUUCGGGAUAACAAUCGUUUUUGUUCUGGCCAUUUUGUACUGGGCGUACUUUGAUUUACGCAAGCAGAUAUCCGAUUAUCAACAAAAGUUUGAAGAAGUUUCUGCAGUGAGUAAAGUUUUUCCGGAUACACUUCAACAUUGGCAUGAAACCACAGCAUUGUUUAUAAAAAAUCAAUCUUCGGUUGUAUACCAAUUAAAUGACUUAACUCAAAACGUCGAACUUUUGGGAAGUAAUUUAAGCAGCCUUCAAGCAACAGUAAAUUCACAAAGAACUUACGGUCAGGAUGAAAAGAUAGUCGCUGACUUUGGAGCUAAAUUAGAGGCAGUUGUUGCUGAUAUAGAUGUUAUGAAGGAACAUUACAAAAGGGUCGUCGAGGUGCAGAAAAGCUUUGAGGUUGAUAUGGAUAUUAUAAAGGCCAAUAUAAGUCGAAUGUCGACCGUUCAAGAUUGUUCUUCAUCAACAAAUUAUACAAAGGAUGUUAAUUUGAUUGAAAAAACGUUGGAAAAUGAUUUGAAAAAUGUGGAUAACAAAAUUGUGUAUGUUAACAACACUCUCAGGCAGACAAUAAAAAUUCUACAUGAAGAGAUAAUGGCACACAAAAUAAAGUUGGAGGACUUAUUAGAUCGCUUUCAAAACAUAUCAACCCAUGUUACCACAUUAAGCAAUAAUUGGUGGCAAUUUAAGCAAAAAAAUGUAAUUGCGGAUGAAGAGUUAAGCAAAUUGAAUGAAAAGGAGCCUCCACAGCAUAAUUUGGAGCCACUGUAACAGUAGCACCAAUAUUAACUACGACAGCAAUGCACACAAUGCAACACUGACAACUGCAGACCAAGAAAACCAACACCAAACGUCCCGGCAUUUCCACCAACGGAAUCAUUAUGUAGGGCAGUCACAGCAGCAGCAAUAAAAGUGACAUCAACAGCAUUAGCUACGAAUACAGUACCUGAAUAUGCAAAGAGCCUGCCAUUUUUUAUUACGCGGAUGACACCAUCCUUACCAAGGCAGGCACAUAGAAGUGUGGUGCUACACUUAGACACGAGGUUUUGGAUCGCUUGGGUAUUGGGCCAAUUCAUCUGCAUCAACGGCGAAAAGUCUCAGCUCAAGCAACCAAACUGUAAUGAUAUCCAGCUCAACAACGUGGCCAUGCUUAAGGAUAACCAUAUUCGCUACGGGUAUCUACCUGGACAACUUACUUGACUUAAACACAACGUUGUGUUGGCAGCAGCGUGUAUAUCCGUACGGUAAAAGAAUACAACCGUAUUAUAUAUGCAACUGGUCGAAAAAUAUUGUAAUUUAUGUAAAUAAUUUGUAGAUUUAGCUCUCAGACACUUAAGCCACACAGACUCCAACAAAUAUGGCACUAUUGUAGUAAAAUAUUUUCAUCCAAACUUUAAACUUUUUCGAAAACCACGAUAUAGUAAUUAAUUUCGUCUUUCCAAAUUGUAUUCAUAUUGUUAUAUAAUUUUUAAUCUUUUUGGCCUUUUCCUUUUAGGGCGUAAGUCUACAAUUAUAAUGUGUUUUUUAUUUUUAAACAUUUGUUUGUCUGCUAAUAAAUAUUUAUAAUAAAAUAGUUAAAA